CUGCGUCUCGUGCCUUCGUGUACACCGUCACUUACCUAGCCAGCGCAAUCAGACAGCAAUCACACAUCAAUUCAUCCUUCUGCCUCCGUCUCUUGCCACUGUGCCCGCCCCUCCGUGUCCUCCUGCUCUAACAGCACAGCUUACUUGUCAGAGGAAUACCUACUUACGUUGGAACCUCAUAUCCAGCCGCCAUGUACGCUGCUCUGAGCUGUUACCCGCCGCUGGGCCAGACGACCACCAUUCCUUCAGACCGAGACUCGGUCAGGUUCACAGUAGUCAUCCAGAGCUCGGUUCUUUCGGAAAAGACCUGGCAAGUGGCCCUGUGGCACAACUUUGACACGUCCGAUCAAUGGACCAGCUCUAGCCUUAGUCCAACCAACGAGCCUACUGUGACGGCCGUCAGCCCGUAUCAAUCCGACACUCAACAUCAGUACUUUACGAUUGAGCUUGCUGGUCGUCCAAAACAUGCCGCUUCAGUAUCGUUCACUAUUACUUUUCGAGCAGCAGAGAAUGAACCCUGGAAAUGGGCAAACGAGCACUUUUCCACCUCUGAUGGUCGUCUGAUCUAUCAGUCGUCAGAGCCGCUGCAAGAGAGCCUGACAUUUUACCUUGAAAACCUUCCUCCAUUCCUCACAGUUGCAAAAGAGCAAAGCGACACGCCAAAUACGCUGCUUUGGGAUGUCAGCUAUCCAAUUGGAGCAGCCUCUGGAAGAACACAAGGCCAAUCGCGGGAAAAGCUAGGGAAACCUAACAAUGUCUCCCGCUGGUUUGCCGAAGUUCGCCUAUGGGGUCCUUGGAUUGCUCCCAGACAAGGCAAAGACCGCUUCCAGCCUGACAAAGACGCCAUUCUGGCUGCAUUCGAGCGCCACGACGGGUCACAUCUGGUAGUGCUAGCAGUGAGUGGGGUCAAGGACGUCCUUACUAUCCUCACUCACGACGGCAAUGGAGGGAUUGUGAUGAACUCCACAAACGAUGGUCAAGAAGAUGGCACUGUUCGUGUUGUUGCUGCAGUUGGCAAGGCCCUGGAAGAUGCAGUUGCAGCAUCCAUGUACUAUGCACGAAAGCUUGUCAUGGCGUACGAAAAGUCGACCGGACAAGUCAAUGAAGAGAUCAAGGCUCUCACUGACGAUUUCAAGCCACAAUGGCUGGAAAACUGGUACGAUGGAUUGUCGUACUGCACCUGGAACGGACUGGGUCAGAAGCUCACAGAGGACAAGAUCUUUGAUGCCCUGGAAUCGCUGCGCAAGAACGAGAUUAACAUCAGCAACCUCAUCAUAGACGAUAACUGGCAGUCGCUGAAUACCGAGAGCGGCGACCAAUUCAACAACGCUUGGGUGGAAUUUGAAGCUAACAAGAAUGGCUUUCCUCGUGGCCUCAAGGCCACCGUUGGCGAUAUCCGAAGCAGGAAUCCACACAUUCGACACGUUGCUGUCUGGCAUGCCAUGUUUGGCUACUGGGGUGGUGUCGCCCCCGGGGGACGCAUAGCCAAAGAAUACAAGACGAAAGUGGUCAAGCUGAAAGACGGAGUCUCAGGCGGCCAGAUCAUGGUCGUCGGCCAAGAAGACGUUGAUCGCUUCUACAAGGACUUUUACCAGUUCUUGUCGUCGUGUGGAGUGGAUUCCGUAAAGACGGACGCCCAAUUCUUCCUCGACGAACUCCAGGACGCAGAUGACCGGCGCGAACUGAUCAAGUCCUACCAGGACGCCUGGUCCAUUGCUCAACUCCGCUACUUCUCUGCGCGAGCCAUAUCCUGCAUGUCGCAAGCUCCUCCUUUGAUGUUCUACUCUCAGUUCCUCUCCAACAGACCACGCAUGUUGCUGCGAAACUCGGACGACUUCUUCCCUGAGGUGCCUGCAAGCCACCCAUGGCACAUCUUCUGCAACGCACACAACUCCAUCUUCACGCAGUACCUCAACAUCCUCCCCGACUGGGACAUGUUCCAAACCAGCCACGACUACGCAGCUUUCCACGCCGCCGGGCGCUGCGUAAGCGGCGGACCCAUCUACAUCACCGAUGUCCCCGGCCAGCACGACGUCGACCUCAUCACGCAAAUGACGGGAAACACGCCUCGCGGCGACACGGUCAUCCUGCGUCCACACACAGUCGGCAAAACGACCAGCGCAUACAACGCCUACGACGAUGCCGUGCUCCUCCGCGUCAACACGUAUGUUGGCAUGGCACACACAGGCGUGUCGAUUCUCGGUGUCUUCAACUGCACCCACAAGCCCAUUGCCGAACUCAUCGCCCUCGACGCCUUCCCCGGCGCCGAAAAAGGAACAUACGUCAUCCGCUCGCAUUCGGACGGCCAAGUCAGCAAGCCCACAAGCGUAGCCUCCAACGCCGCAUUCGUCCAUGUCGAUCUGCCCGUUCGCGGCUGGGACAUUCUGUCUGCAUUCCCACUGCUGUCGUUUACCCUGCAGCGCGAAAAGGGACUCGACGCACAGGGCCCCGCCGACAUUAGCGUGGCGAAUCUGGGUGUCGUGGGUAAAAUGACAGGGGCUGCUGCAAUCAUCAAUACGGACUCGUAUAUCGAGCGCAACUCUGGCCGCCUGAGGGUCUGGACGAGUUUGAAGGUGCUAGGUACUUUUGGCCUCUAUAUUUCCCAUCUGCCCAAACGCUCCAUUGAAAAAGACUUUUUUGCCGUCAUUUUCGGUCGCCCCGUCCCCGCGCAUUGCGUCAGGGUGAGCGACGAAUGCGAAAACGUGCUGGAGAUUGAUACGGCGAGGGCGUGGAAGGAGUCGGAUUCAAAGGCUGGCUGGAGCAAUGAGGUUGUUGUCGAGGUGAUUAUUCGAUGAAGCCACGGUAUGCGGGUUCUGUUUAUUGUUUGUUUGUUUGUUUGUUUGCGUCUUUCUCCUCUCUCGUCUUGCGUGUCUAGGGGUUGGAUGUCGAUGAUGGUGGAGUGAAAAGGUGUGCUUGACUGUCGUACUUGAAUAUGAAAACGUC